UGUAGCAUUCGGCAUUUAGGUAUAUGCAAAAAGAAAUCGCGUUGUGUUGUCAAAACAUAUCCUCCGUUCUUGGAAAUAUACAGUUUGUGUCGGAAAAUUUUUAUCAAUAAAGGACGUUUUCUGGCUUUAAACUUUAGUCUGGAAUAACAGUUGCAGAGAUAAAGAACUCACCUGAAUAUUGAAUAGAUAAAUCGUUGUUUGAUUUGCUUCACAUAAAGAAAUAAAAUGUCGGACUGGGAAGAAGAGAACUGGGAUGAGGAACCCCAAAAGGUUGUCAGAACUCCUGAAUUUCGCAAAAGCAGCAAUAAUUACUACAAUACAGGUGGUAAUGGUCGACAACAAUAUUCGGAACCGGAAAGAAAGCGAACAUCCAAAGUUCAUAACUACAGAGAGAAAAUAGAUAUACCGCAUGAUUGCGUUGGUUUGAUCAUAGGUCGUGGAGGCGCCAAUAUACAACGUAUUCAAAAUAAUUACAAUGUGCGUAUUGAUCUCGAUAAAAGAAGUGGGUCUGCUUCUAUUGGUGGACAAAAUGAGCAAGAUGUAAAGGAUGCUUACAAUUAUAUAGAGAAUCAGUUGAAUUCUAGUUCGAGAAAUAACAAUAGUGUUGGCCAUGGGAAACGAACAGAGUCCCUGUAUAAACAUGAAAAACAUGAAGAUAGAGUUGACAAGCCAAGCCAAGAAGAUACACCGAAUGAGGUAACCGAAAUCGAUUGGGACGCAUUAAAGCAAAAAUCGAAAGAAGCAAGUGCGGCACGUUGGGCCAAAUUGCCCCCUUUGACAAAGAAUUUCUACAAAGAAGAUUAUGAAGUAGCAAAUUUAACUGCCGAAGACGUUCAACGCAUACGAUACGAUAAUAAUAACAUAACAGUAUCACGUGUAUUUAAGGAAGAUGGUGUUUCUGAAAACAUUCCUAAUCCUGUAUGGAAGUUUGAACAAUGUUUUGCAGCUUACCCGGAUUUGUUAGAGGAAAUUAACAAACAAAAGUUUGCCAAACCAUCGCCCAUUCAAUCACAAGCAUGGCCAAUUUUAUUAAAAGGAGAAGAUAUGAUCGGUAUUGCUCAAACGGGUACAGGUAAAACACUUGCAUUUUUGUUACCUGCUAUGAUUCACACGGAGUACCAAAGUACACCACGAUCGGAGCGCGGCGGUCCCAACGUAUUGGUCCUAGCGCCAACACGUGAACUGGCUUUGCAAAUUGAAAAAGAAGUUCAUAAAUAUUCGUUCCGUGGUAUGAAAGCUGUAUGUGUAUAUGGUGGCGGGAAUCGACGUGAACAAAUAAACAACGUCCAAAGUGGUGUUGAAAUCAUCAUUUGCACUCCAGGUCGCCUCAAUGAUUUAAUCGAAGCCAACAUCAUUGACGUAAGCAGUGUUACUUAUUUGGUAUUGGACGAAGCGGAUCGUAUGUUAGAUAUGGGCUUUGAGCCGCAAAUACGUAAAGUGUUGUUGGACAUACGCCCCGAUAGACAAACUGUAAUGACUAGCGCUACCUGGCCACCAGGAGUACGCCGUCUAGCACAAAGUUACAUGAGUAAUCCUAUACAAGUGUGCGUAGGGUCGCUAGAUUUGGCAGCGACGCACACUGUUAAACAAAUUAUCGAAAUAAUGGACGAAGGCGACAAAUAUUUUGCGAUUCAAAACUUUCUGAAAAAUAUGGGGAAACAUGAUAAAGCUAUAAUAUUUUGUGGAAAGAAGACACGUGCCGAUGAUCUAUCCAGCGAUUUAACUAUUGAAGGGCAUAUGUGUACCGCCAUCCAUGGAUCCCGGGAGCAGUCUGAUCGAGAGCAAGCGAUUGCAGAUAUUACCUCAGGAUAUAUUAAGAUUUUGAUAGCCACAGAUGUUGCCUCUAGAGGAUUAGAUAUCGACGACAUAACGCAUGUGAUUAAUUUUGACUUUCCUCGCAACAUUGAGGAAUAUGUGCACCGCGUCGGUCGAACCGGUAGGGCAGGCCGUACCGGAACGUCUAUUAGUUAUAUAACUCGUAGUGACUGGGGUGUAGCCAAGGAACUAAUAAGUAUUUUGGAAGAAGCUGAUCAAGAUGUUCCAUCCGAACUUCGUCAGAUGGCUGACCGUUUCAAAUCGAUGAAAGAUCGUCGUGCAAACGAACUGUCAAAAUGCAAUUUCCGCGAUCGCAACGGUUCUGGUAAUCGCGGUUACAAUGGAGGCUUUCGCGGUGGUAACGGCGGGGGACGUUAUUAAACCUGUUAUUUGCAUUCGUACAAAAAUUAAUUAUAUUGUUUUCGAAUUAUUAGAUAUACAUACAUGUUAUAUGAAUUAAAAACUUGAAAUUUAAUUUUGAUACAAUGUUGAGUUGUACGUAAGUGAUGGAGAUAUUUUCAAUAAUACUAACUACUUUUAUCGAAGUACAAAUUGAAUUUUAAUAAAAUAAAAUGCACCCAUUGUGCUAUCGGUAAAAAAUGUG